UAUGGCUAUUGAUGAUUAUAAAAUACCGUUUAUUCUGCUACUGAAGAUUGAAGUACAUGCUUCAUCUUCUCAUAAAUAGGCACCAAAUUGGUCGACUUCCUAAUUUUAGGCUUGAGCAUUGGCAAAUGUUAGACCUCCACAUUUCAGCCAUGAAAAACAGAGUCAAAGUUCACACUGCAAAAUUAUCAUCUCCCAUAUUUGUCUCCUAUUCUUUUGGGAUAAUUCUAUCAUCAUCCUACCUAUUCUGUAUUAUCUCAUCCAAACCCAGUAAAUCAAUCUCUUUCUUCUUUGCUUCUUUCUUCUUCCUUCCUUCCUCAUUUUGUGAUCUUCUCCAAUUCCCCCUCCGUUUGGCUAACCAUCACAGGAUGCAUUUCAACACAUAGAGAUUACAAUAAAAUACAUUUUCUUAGUUUGAUAUCACAAAAAGGGGAUGGAAGGAUUGGAUGGGUUGAUAGAGAGGCUUUUGGAAGCGAGAAAAAACAGAGGCAAGAGGAUUCAGUUAAUUGAAUCAGAAAUUCGUAACCUUUGCAUCACUGCUAAAGAAAUCUUCCUCAGCCAACCCAACCUUCUUGAGUUGGAAGCUCCCAUCAAUGUUUGUGGUGACAUACAUGGACAAUACCCAGAUCUGUUGCGAUUGUUCGAGUACGGAGGUUUUCCGCCGCAAUCGAACUACCUCUUCCUCGGAGACUACGUCGACAGAGGAAAACAGAGUGUGGAAACCAUAUGUCUGCUUCUCGCCUACAAGAUCAAAUUCCCGGAAAAUUUUUUCCUUCUGCGAGGGAAUCAUGAAUGCGCCUCCAUCAACAGAAUCUACGGAUUCUACGACGAGUGCAAGAGGAGAUUCAGCGUGCGACUCUGGAAGAUCUUCACCGAUUGUUUCAACUGCCUGCCUGUGGCGGCGGUGAUCGACGACAAGAUCCUAUGCAUGCACGGCGGCCUGUCGCCGGAGAUGGAGAACAUGAAUCAGAUAAAGGAUAUAGAGAGGCCAGUGGAUGUGCCGGAUCAGGGUUUGUUGUGCGAUUUGCUUUGGGCCGAUCCGGAUAGAGACAUCAAAGGUUGGGGUGAGAACGACAGAGGAGUAUCCUUCACUUUUGGACCUGAUAAAGUUGCCGAGUUCUUGAAGAAGAACGAUCUGGAUCUCAUAUGUCGGGCUCACCAGGUGGUGGAGGAUGGGUAUGAGUUCUUUGCAGAGAGACAGUUAGUGACAAUAUUCUCUGCACCAAACUACUGUGGAGAGUUCAACAACGCAGGAGCACUCAUGUGUGUGGAUGAGACAUUGCUUUGUUCCUUUCAGAUUCUCAAACCUUGGAGAGGAAAAGCCCCUCCCUUUGAAUAAUAAUCAUCAUCAUCAUUCUGCUUUCUCUCUCCAUUUCAUCAUUUGGAAAAGAAAAU